AUGAGCGCAGCAGACACUGACUCCCCGCGUCCAGGGUCUGAAAGCUCCCUCUCACGUACAGCUUGCGAGAGAUGUCGUAGACAGAAGCUUCGUUGCAGUCGUCAACGUCCAACCUGCACGCGAUGUAGCCGCUUCUCAGUCACCUGCACCUAUCCUGAGUUGGCCGAUCGGAGACGUCUCACAGCUCGUCGCGAUUCCGUACGGACCGAGCGGAUCCGACCUGUCUCUGAUGCAGCUCCAGUGACUCCAGAGUCGACAGAGCUCAACGUUGGCGCAGUUACAAGUCCUUCAGUAACUCCGAGAAUCCACAGUGUUGGCCAAGUUGGCGCUGGGCCACUACCGACAGAACAUGGAGUCUCAAGAUUUGCUGAUCCUGGCCUAGACGAUCUACCGCCACGAGCUAUUGGCCUCGCGCUCUUAGAUAUAUACUUUGAACGGUUAUACAACGCUACAUUGCUUUUUAAUCGCACCCAGCUCUUUGAGUCUUACUUGGAUGGUAGUAUACCCCCAUAUCUAUUAAGGAGCAUAUUUGCCCUGUCGUCAUUAUUUCUUCGUAAACCACGAUUUCAACCACCUAGACUCGGUAGUCAUGCUGUCUCUCCAGAGCUGGCAGCAUUUACUACAUAUGCUGGUUAUGGGGAUGCCUGGGCCGAGUCAGCAAGACGCGAGGCUUGGCUCCUCACAGAUCGACCAACCGUCCAAGUAGUUCAAGCACUUUCAUGUCUCAACCUGUACUGGUUUGCGACAAGAGACUUAGGUCGAGCUCGUAUAAACGCUGUUAUGGCCUAUGCCUCAGCUACUACAUUUCGCUCCUUCAAUAUCCCAGACAAUGGUACAAGGACAAAGGAUGAGCUGCAGCUUAUAGAAAGAAAACAUGGUUGUUUUUGGGCAUGCUGGUCAACAAUGUGUAUCUCUUCCUUUCCAGAAGCAUAUGCGAAGAAUGCCUGGGAGGAAGCUUGUAACGUGCCACUUCCCGUUGCAUCAGAUGUCUUUGCUAGUGAAGGAAAUGAUGCGCGACGGUAUUGCAUGAAUGUCGAAUGGAAGUCGGAAGCGCUCAUAGAAGAGCCGAAUCCUCCAUCAAUAAUGGCAGAACACAUGAGGCUCAUGGGGGUUUGGGUUAAAAUUCAGCUCAUAAACAGAGACAAGCGGGAAAGUCCAGACGUCACUCAUAUCCUACAUUUGUCCAGCUUGGCCAAAGACAUUUAUGAAUCGAGCCACUUUCCUCAUUACGUUGCGGGUAACGAGGGUGCCGGUCGUGAUAUUGCACGGUUGCUGGGACUGCACUCGUUAUACCAUCUUUGCCAAAUAGUUCUUCUCUGCCCCCUGGUGUCUCUUUUCUCUGGCCAAAGGGCUAUCGUGGGUGGGAGGACCCAGAGCCAUGCGCAAACAAUCGCGAAGCAUGCGAUUCACCACGGGCAUCUGAUUCGGGACUACAUUGCCAAACGGCAGGAUCUAUCUAAGCUCAGUUCACAUGUCGGCUUUGCCAGCUUUGUGUCGACCUCAAUCAUCCUCACACUCUUGAGAUCCCGGGCUCGCCGACAUCAUGACGAUGGACAUACACGGGAUCAUGUUUCACAGGCGCUUGUGACACUGAUUCAGGAUAGUAUCGAUAUACUCAGUAUUCUCGAGACUUUCUGGGAGCAUUUAGAACCAAUGACUCGGAGCCUGCAGCAUGCUGCUGCUCAAAUAUUGGGACCUGUCGAUCUCAUCGAUCAAAAUGCCGCUGGGGCUGAUUCAAGGGGUAUUGAAGUCCCGAUGACUGGAGUCAAUAGUCCGGCACGGGAGGAAGAUGUCAUCACAACCACGUAUAUCGAGUCUCCAGAGUAUCCAAGUGCCCAGGAUUCCGCGAGAGCCUUCACGAAUGCCCAUUUUGGGGUUACAGAUAGGGCCAUGGAGCAUGUAACUCAGAGCAUCGAUGAGACUCCUGAUUGGCAUCAUAAUAAUCUUUUUGAAUGGUGCCAGACAGAAGGACUCCUCGAUAUUGGCGAUGAUCUCUUGGAUAUUGGGGCUUCGGUCGAUUGGAACAUGGACUUAGACUUGCUAACUGGUUUCUCUUCCCAGAUGGCAUGA